AUGAAAUAGCUUUCACUUUUGAUAUUUGAAUAUUUGAAGACCAAGUUUCAGCAUGUAGCCACAAAGCAAGUGAAAUAUAAGUAUCAUGUAACUAAGUCUUUGUAUCACAGCUAGAAAUGGAAUAGGGAGAGUGUAUGAAUAUCAUGAGCAAUAAAGGAAAUAAGGUUAAGAGCACUUAUAUUAAUUUUUCAGUAUUAAACCUGUUUUUCAAAUAAUUUGAACGGAUAGGAGUAGUAAUUUAUUUUAUUGUGAUGAUUCUGCAUUUUUCUGUAUUUGGAGCCACUGAUGAAGAACUUGUUGUAUAUGUAGUACCACUAACAAUGCAUUUGGUGCUAUAAAUAUCGAAGGCUCUUUACUUUGAUCAUAUUAAAAGAAAGGAGGAUUAAAUUGUUAAUGGCAGAAAGGUCACACGUUUUCGUAGGCUUAGAAGAGACAAACCAAAAUAAUUGAUCACCCAGUAAUAACAACAAUAAUAAUCAUCCUUCAAAAAACCUAAAACAUCUCUUUAUGAGAAUUGUUCUUGGGAUUAAGUUGAAUUAGGUGAUAUAAUCUAUUUAAAACGAAAUGAAAUAUGUCCAGCUGAUAUGUUAUUAUUGGAUGUUUCAGAUGAAAUUCUUUAAGUCUAAACUCAAAAUUUUUAAGGUCAAACUAUGGAUUAGACUAGAUAACCUACAUAAUUGACUAUGUUAAAGAAUGGUAGAAAUAGAUUACAAGGAUUUGAUUAUAAGAAAUUAUUAACAGGUAGUAUUCAGUACAACAUUUAAGAUGCUUAAAUAUUUGGAUUUAUUAAAUUGAAAAAAGAUCCUAAGGGAGAGUAAUUUGAGAAUAGAAAUAUAAUAUUUAGAGAAGAAUAAUUAAAAACAUGUUAAUAUGUGAUAGGAGUAGUGUUAUAGACAGGUAAUAAUUGUUUUUGUUAUUUAAAUAUGGAAAAAUAAGAAAAGAAAUCAUUCUUUGUUAAGAAAUCUAGUAUGUUUUUUGCACUUACUCUUGGAAUAUCUUUAAUAAUUUCCAUUUUUAGUUGGUUUUUAGCAUCAUUUGCAGCAUGUUUACCAUAUAAUCAAGCUGAUUUUGAUGUAAUCACUCUUAUUUUUUAUUUACUUUAAUAUUUGAAGACUACUCCUAUAUACUUUUAUAAUUGUAUUGAUUUAAUUGAAGUUAUAAAUGCACAUAUUAAAUUUACAAAAUAUAAGGGAUUUUAAAAUGCAAAUAUUGAUUAUCUAUAAUUAAAUCCAGUAUCUGUAGGAGAUAUGGUUAUGACUGAAUAUGUAUGUUUUGAUAAAACAGGUACAAUAACUACUGGAGAAUGUAGAAUACAUGCUUUAAUUGUAGAAGAUACAAUGUAUAAAUUUAGUUAUAAUAAAAUGAAUAAAAAUUAAUGGAAUAUCUUUAAAGAAAAUAUUCAAAAUUAAAUUAAGCAAGAUCCAAAUUUUUAAAUGGAAGAAAUUGAAGAAUCUGAUUUGGAUAUAUAAUCUAAAAAGAUUAGACAUACAGGAAUUUUCAAAUUGACUAUUUAACAUAGAACUUCAAAAAAGAUACCCAGUUAUGAAUCAGGGAGAUAAGAUUUAGCUAGUAGUAAAAGUAUUGCAAAUCCAAUGGAAGAUGGAGAUGGAGAAUUUGAGAAUAUGAAAUUAGAAGAUUUUGAUGAUACUCAUUAUAGAAUAACACCUGAAUUAUGUACAAAUAAACCAAAGCCAUUUUUUAAUAAAAAAGCUAUUGCUACUGCUCCUGUAUAAGUUAGUGCUAGUUAAGGUGGUAUGCAUUAACUAUAAGAAGAUGAAAUGCUUAUUAAAUAAUCAUCUUAUAAGGAUGAAUAAAGAUCAUUUGAUAAUAAAUCUAUAAUGAGUAGAAAGAUAUUGGAAAAUUCAUCAAGAGAUAUGAAAAGAUAAUAAAGUAUUAAAAAGUCUAUGUAAAUGGAUAAAGUAGCUGAAGAAGAUUUAGAGGUAAUCUUUUCAAGAGAGAAUGAUUUUUAUAGGCAUCUUAUUCAUGGCUUAAAUAAAUUAUUAUAUUAGGAAGCCAUUUUAUCACUUCUUUUAUGUUAAGAGAUUGUUUCAAGAUAUUCUCCAAGUGAAGAUCAUUUUAUGCAUGAUUCAACAUAAUUUACAUUUGAUCAAGAACUACUAAGAUUUGUUAGUUUAUUAGACAUUAAAUUUUUAUGUUGUAAUGAAUUCAAUGGUAAGGUUGUGUAUAUAAUUGAUUUUUUUGGUGAAGUGAUGGAAUUUUAGGUUAUGGCCCAUUAUCUUAAUGCUACAUAAUAAGGAGUAUUAGUUUUAUAUCCUGAUAAAUUAUAAGAGAAAUUUCUAUUAAUAAAUGAAAGUGAUCCAAUGGAAAGUUUAUAAUAUGUAUUUAUUAUGAGAGAAGAAACCAAUUCAUUACCAGUUUAUAUUGAUGUUGAUAAAGGUAGUAGAGAAUAUUGGGAUAAAGUUUUUUAGAAAUUACAUAUGUGUGGAAUGAGAUCUGUUAUUUAUUCAAAAGUGUAUUUAAAAGAGAAAGAUGCAAGUCUAUUUAUGUCUCGUUAUUAAGGUGAAGAAGGUAUAAAUGCUUUUAAUGAAAUAUCAAAAGAUAUGCAGAUUAUUUAGGUUGUUGGUGUUAAGGAAUAGAUGAGAAAAGAUACAAAACCAUUAAUUAAUCAAAUGAAAUAGGCUGAUUUGAGUUUAUAUCUUUUGAGUGGAGAUGAAAUCAGUAGGGUAUUACCUAUUGCUUUUAAAUCAAAAAUAGUUAAUCAUUAUGAUACUCUUUUAUAUUUAGAUAAUGAAAAUGCAAGAGUAGUAAUGAAAAAUCAUCUUACUAUAAUUUCUCAAUAACUUAAAUUAGAUGAAUAAACAUAAUCUAAACCUAUGAGAAUGAGUACUCUUGAUAAAUAUCAUAAGACUUUUACUUAAGAUGAGAAAUAUAUUACUUAUCCUGAUAUUAAAUCAUUUAGUAUUAUUUUAAGUGGUGAAUAUUUUAAUGACAUCCUUUCUGACAGUUACUUAUUAUCACAUUUUAUGUUUUUGCUUUAUUUUAGUAAUUCUUUGGUAGCUUAUAAAUUUAAUUAAAAUUAGAAGGCUAAAAUCAUUAAUAUUAUAUAAACUUAAUUUAUUGGCAAUAAAAGAGUUUUAGCUGUUGGUGAUUCAUUUAAUGAUAUACGUAUGUUUUGUUAAGCUAAUAUUGGAGUAUAGUAUUGUCAUUUCCCUAUUUAAAAUCAAUCUUAUUAGAGAGGCAAUACAAAAUUAAAAUUAAAUAGAAAAAUCACUUCUAAUAAAUUAUUGGAUAAUCCAUUAAAUCGUAAAUUCUUAUAAAAUGAAAUGUGGAUCAUACCCACUGCUGAUGUUUGUUUGAAAGAUUAUGUUAAUUUAAGUGCCUUAAUGUUUUUUGAAAGUAGAAUAUUUGCUGAAGUCUAUGAUGAUUUAUUAGUUUUCUCAUUUUAUAGAUCAUUACUUAUAAUUUAUAUAUUAUUUCUCUAUUAUGCAACCUAUUGUAGUUAAAAUAAUACUAUUUUUACAGGUACAUGGUUGACUGUAUAUUAAAGCAUCUUGUUAUUUAUUCAACAAUUAGUAAGUUUAAAAUCUAAAAUGUAAAGAUAAUAUGAUAAGGAUUCUAUUACAUAUAUAGAAUAAUUUAAGAAUAAUAUUAAAAUAUUUAAAAAAAAGAAGGUAGCUUCUUUUAUUUUUAAAAUUAAUGGAAAUGCAUUGUUAGAUGCAGCAUUACUUUACAUUUCUUUAAGAAUAUUGGAUGAUAUUCCAAUUGAUACAUUUAAAUAAAUGCUAUUAAUUUUGUUAAUAUUAAGUGAUAUAGUUAAAUUAAUGGUAUCUACUAAUUAGAGUAAAUAUGCUUGGAUUGCCUUUAUAAGUACAUAUUGUCUAUGUUGGCUUGUUAUGGCAAUUUUAACUGCAUAUUUUGACAAUAUGGAUGGUUUUAUAGAAUUAUUUACAUUACCAUAAACUUGGUUAGCACUUUUUUCAUAUGGAUUUGCAUAAUAUUGUUUUAGUAGCAUAAUUGAAAUGAUCUAACCUCUUUUUUGUUAAUCAUUGAUUGAUAAAUAAUAAUAUGAAGAAGUAUUAAAUUAUAUGGGAAAACCACCUAAAAAUGGUGCUAAAAAAUAUCAUAAUUUAAUUAAAAGAUUUGCAUAAUUGGCUGGAAAAGUAUUUAAAAAGAAUAAGGAUGAAAUGGAUAUUGCAAUAUAAGAUGUAAUUUGUGAAUUAAAAGUAAAUUCUGAUAAAAUCAAUAGAUUAACAUUAAGAUUUUUAAAUAAAGAUACAGAAAUGAAAUUUAAGAGGAUGUCUAAAUUAAGAUGGAUUAAAUUUGAAAAACUUAAAUUAGGUUUAUCACUCAUAUUUUUAGAAGUCUUUGCUUUAAUUAUAUAUAUAUUAACAUAUUAAACUGAUAUUCAAACUAAAACUUACUUUAUAAUAUAUAUACUAAGUAUUAGUCUAUAAUCCAUAUUUCUAAUAUUGAUAUUCUCAAGUAUUUAUUUAAAACAUUUCUUUUAAAUCAAUUUAAUUAUAGCAUGUAUCAGACUAUUAACUAAAAUGGUAUCUGAUUUUGCAUAAGAUGGAACUUAUGAUAUUUUAUUAAGUCAAUCCUAUAUUGUAAUUAUAAUCUUUUCAAAAUUGCAUAUUCCAUUACUUAAUUUUAUAAUAGCUACUUUAUCUAUUGUAGGAUUCUUUAGAAAAUUCUUAGUUGAAGAAGAUUAUUAUCAAAUAAUUAAUGGUAAUUUAAUAGUAUUGAUAACUCUUAUAUUAUUCAUAUCUUUACAACAUAAAUUGAAUAUGUUGGAAAAGUAAGAUUUUAUGUUGACUGCAACACUCAAUUAAGAGACUACAUAAAUGACAAAUGUUUUAUCUAUAUUAUUACCUAAAUUUAUAAGAGAUAGGAUUAAUGCAAGUAUAAUAAUAUAUUAAUAUUUUAAGAGGGAAUGUAUGAAAUAUAAGAGAAUUAAGGGGAAGUUUCAAUUUUAUUUUGUGAUAUAUGUGGAUUUGAUGAUUUGAUAGCAGUUGAAAAAGAGAAUAUUGUUAAUUUAUUGGAUAGUCUAUUUAGAGGAUUUGAUGCAUUAUGUGUUUCAAAUGGGAUGUAAAAGAUUGAGACUGUUGGAAAGACUUAUAUGGCAGCUGGAGGAUUAAGAGCAGUUGAUUAAGGGACUAAAUUCAUUAAUUAGAGUGCUGUUAAACGAGUAAAUUAAUUAUCAUAUAUAUAAAGGCAGUAUAAUUAUCAUUAGAAAUGAUGGAAUAUUCAAAGAAAUUCAAAUUUGGAUAGAGUGGUAAUGUUAGAAUAAAAAUUGGAAUUCAUUAUGGUAGAGUAAUAGCUGGAGUUAUUGGACAUCAUAAACCAUAAUUUUCAUUAAUUGGUGAUACAGUAAAUACAACAAGUAGAGUAUGUUCUACUGGAUAAGAUGCAGAAAUAACUAUAUCUAAUGAAGCUUAUAUGGAAUUGAAUAUGCCAGAUUUACAAUUUAAUUAGAGAAAGGUUAAUGCUAAAGGUAAGGGAGAAUUGAUUACAUGGCAAAUCAUUACAUAAAUUAAGAGAAAUACAGAUAAAAAAGAAAGGAAGAAAAAGGGAUUGAUUCCUAAAUUUGAUCCAAGUUAAUAAGAUUAAUAAACAAUGAAUAGAUUAGAUCCUGUUACACCUAAAACUGAACAUCGUUAAUUAAAAGUACCAUAAUAAAAUAAAUAAUUUGAUUUGUUAACAAGAGAUUCAAGUUAAAGAAUUGAGAAAUAAUAAUCUUAUGAAAAUAAUUCGAAUAGUUAAAUUUAAUUAAAGGAUUCAACAUAAAAAGAUUUAAUUCCUAUUAGAAAAAGAGGAUAAAGAGGACCUACUUUAAUAAUGAAACAAUAAGAUAAUAGAUCUGCUUUAGCUUUGUAAUUAUAACAUUCAGGUAGUUAGAAUGCUAUCUAAUAAACUAGUAAUAGAAAUCUACCUCCAAUUGUUGUUUAUUAAGCUGAAGAAAGUGCUCAUUCAAACAAUAAUUUUAGAGAAGAAUCAUUUCAUGAAAAGAAUCAAACAAAUUUACUUCAUGAUCUAUCUUAAAAAUUAAGAAGAGAUUUAUAUAUUGAAAUGAUAGAUGAAGCACCAGAUUAUGAAAUUGAAAUUGAGAAAAUUUAAUUUGAUGAAGAUGAACAAUUUGUUAGUGAAGCAUUAUAAUUAGAGAAAUCAAAAUUUUAUCUUGAUUUUAAAGAUAGUUAAAAAGAUCUUGGUAAAGAAUUUAUGGAAUAAAAAGAAGGUAUAAAUAUAGUUUUAAUAUUAUUAUUGCACUUUAUUUAAUAUAUUUCAAAGACAGUAUCUUUACUUUAUAUGUAAAAUGAAACAAAUUGGUUAAUUGUUUUUAUUAUACGAUUUAUAGUUUCUACUAUAUUAUUGAUUUUAGCAUUACUACAAAAUAAGAAAUUAAAACAUCGAUUUUAUAAAUAUGAAUAUUUCUUGACUACUUAUAUUGCAUUAUUAAUAAGUAUAAUAUUGGAAUUCAUUAUAUUAACAAAGAAAUCAGUUGAAUUAUAAGCAGCAGAAGGAAUCCUAUUAAUAUGUUUUUUCUCUUCAAUACCAAAUAUCUCAAUAAAAUUCAAAAUUUGUUUUAAUUUUUGUUUUUUUAUUGCUUAAUUAUUGAUAGUUUUAAUUAAAUACAAAGAUUUAUCUGUAGCAUAUUAUACAGUAUUUUAAAGUUGUAUGACUUUCAUAAUUUAAUAUCAUUUAUUCUUUUAAGAUUUAGGUACAUUUAAUAAUAAAAGAUCACUUGAAACUAAGAAAAUGUAAACAUAAAAUUUAGUUAAAUAUCUACUUCCAUCUCAUAUAUUGAAAUAGUUUUUAUCAAAUACUAAUUAAAGAAUGGUGUUGGUUGAUUAAUUUGAAGAUGCCACAUUAUUAUUUGCAGAUAUUGCUGGAUUUACUGAAUAUUCUAGUAAAGUUGAACCUGAAUAAGUAGUAAAUAUGCUUAGAAAUCUAUUCACUGAAUUUGAUAAAAAAUGUUUAACUUAAAAUGCCUAUAAAUUGUAUACAAUUGGAGAUUGUUAUGUUGCCUUUGGUAUUGUUGAUGUAACCUAAAGAAAUCCAGCAUAAGAAGCCAGAAAUGUUGUUGAAUUAGGAUUUCAAAUGAUAGAAACUAUUAGAUAAGUGAGAGCUAUAAUUGGUUUCGAUGGAUUAGAUAUGAGAAUUGGAAUUCAUACAGUAUAAUAUUUAUAAUAAUUUAUAGGGUCGUGUAAUUGGAGGAAUUUUGGGUACUGAAAUUGUGAGAUAUGAUGUAUAUGGAGCAGAUGUAAUGAUAUCAAAUAAAAUGGAAUCUAAUGGAGAACGUGGUAAGGUUUAAGUAUCAGAAGAAACAAAAUAAUUACUUGAAUCAACUUUUCCUGAUUAAUUUCUAUUUACUUUUAAUAAAGAAGUUGAAUUUAAAUGGAUUAAUCGUAAAACUAAAGGUUAUUUCAUUGAACCAGUUAGAAAUGAUAGUAAUGAUGAUUUUGAAGAUGUUAAAAACCUAUAAUUAGUUAAAGAAAUAGAUUAAUUAGAAAAUGAUAGGAAAUGA